CGUUGUGCGGCCAAAUCGUUUAGUAGACGCAUGUUGCCCCCGUGGGAUGGAUUGUCGUGCUGGGCCGUGUGAUGGGUGCUGUGCAGUGAGCGUGGCAGGUGUCAUGUGGCAGGGAUGGGGGCCGCCGCCCCCUGUGCUCUAACGUGCUGGCCAACAGUGUCCGGCGGAGGACCGGCCGCUCCCGACGCGGCUCUCCAGUGAAUUGUGUUGUGUGACAUGGCCAUCGCCGUGGGAGGCGAAGAAAGUGCUGGUGAGGGCGGUGUGUGGGCGUCCGGGGCCCGCCCGCAUGAAGACUUGUGCACUAGAACUAGCUGGGCAGACGCCCGCACCGCCCUCGCCCAUAUUAACAAGGGGCGGGCGACGGGUAGCCGGGCGGCCCUGUGGGUGCGGACUAAGCUGCAGGUUCAGCUCCUGCAGCUCGGCCUCUUCAGCCACAAACACGCGGGCAAGGUGCUCUUCGUGGCGCUCCUCGUCCUCGCCACCUUCUGCGUCGGCCUCAAGAGUGCGACGCUGCUCACCGACGUCGAGAAGCUUUGGGUGGAAGAGGGCGGUCGUCUUGAGGCAGAGCUUGAUUACGUGAGCCGCAGCGUGGGACAGGGCGCCGGCACCACACAGCAGAUGCUCAUCCUGACGGGGCGGGAGGCGGGCGUCAACGUGCUGCACCCUCGCGCCCUCCUCGCCCACGCCGCGGUGCUGAGGGCCGCCACCAAAAUCACCGUGGAGAUGUAUGAGAUUUCGUGGGGGCUCAAGGACCUCUGCUUCGCCCCCAGCUUCCCCGUCUUCGACAACCACUUAAUUGAGCAGAUCUUCGAGGGCUUGACGCCAUGUACAAUCAUCACGCCCUUGGACUGCUUCUGGGAGGGGUCCAAGCUGCUGGGCCCUGAGUACCCCGUCACCGUACCAGGUCUUGGGUCAGGGAUCAACUGGACGAACCUCAACCCUCAGAAGUUCCUGGACAAGAUGCGGGAGUUUGAGGACUACAAAUUGCUCUUCCCUUUCUCCUCCUUCGACGACUUUAUGAAGAGGGCGGGCAUCACCACGGCCUACCAGGAGAAGCCGUGCCUCGACCCCGCGGACCCGCUGUGCCCCGACACGGCGCCCAACAAACACACGGGCCAGCCGCCGGACGUCGGGGCUGAGCUGACGGGCGGCUGCUACGGCUUCGCGGGCAAGUACAUGCACUGGCCGGAGGAGCUCAUCGUCGGGGCGCCCACAGCAAACAAGUCAGGACAUGUUGUGAGGGCCGAGGCGUUGCAGUCCCUCGUGCAGCUGAUGGGCUCCAAGAACCUCUACGAGUACUACCUCGAUACAUACCGCGUUCACCACAUCGAUUGGUCGCAGGAGAAGGCGGCGGUGAUUCUCGAAGCGUGGCAGGACAACUUUACCGAGGCGGUGCUGCGGGAGACGGUGAAGCUGCAGAACCUGACGCGGCCGUACCAGAUGCUGCCCUUCACCUCCGCCGCGCUCGACCACCUGCUCAAGGAUUUCUCAGAGGUCCCAGUGAUGAGGGUGGCCCUGGGAUACGCUCUUAUGGUGGUGUACGCGUGUGUGUCAUUAGCAAGACCAACAGACUCCGUGAGGUCCGCCGCUGGUCUGGGUCUUGCCGGGGUUCUUCUGGUGACGGCGUCGGUGGCUGCGGGUCUUGGCUUCUGCGCCCUCCUCGGUCUCCCCUUCAACGCCUCCACCACGCAGGUUCUCCCCUUCCUCGCCCUGGGCCUUGGGGUGGAUGACAUGUUCCUUCUGGCGCAUACCUUCCUCCACACGGCUGAUAACUCUCUCAUUCCGUACCAGGAGCGCGUGGGUGAGGUCGUCAAGCGCGCCGGGGUCUCCGUCGUCCUCACCUCCGUCUGCAACGCCUGCGCCUUCUUCGCCGGGGCCCUCGUGCCUGUGCCGGCCCUGCGCGCCUUCUGCCUGCAGGCGGCGCUGCUGGUGCUCUUCAACCUGGUGGCGUCGCUCACCGUCUUCCCCGCCAUCAUGAGCCUCGACCUGCGCCGCCGCCACGCCAGACGCGCCGACCUCUUCUGCUGCCUGCCCGGCGGCUCCAGGGACCAGGUGGUGCCCCUGCAGCAGCAGCCACACCCCGCCGCCUGCGUGGCCGCGGAGGAGGGGCGAGGCCACGCGGGGCCGCGGAGGCACUCGCGGCCCACGCCCUCCAUGGCUGAGCGCCCCGCCAGGAAGGACACGGUGACCAGGGCGCUGCCUCCCCCGGGGGGCGGAACCGUGACCCACGUGGUGCCGCCCUCCACCCCGCGCGAGUGCUGGGCAGCGCCGCAGGACCCUCACUCCGCCACCGCGCCCUCCCUGGAGUCCCUGGCCACCACCACCUCCACGCGGGACCUCGUCGGCGGCGGCAAGACGCGCUCAGGACUUGCGCGGGCGUGGGCGUCUCUGGUGCGGUGCUGCAGCGAGUGGAGCGUGGGCGGCUGGGCGGGGGCGGUGUACGGGCCGGCGCUGACGCACGGCGCGGUGAAGGCGGCGGCCAUGGCGGGGCUGAUGGCCUCCGUGGCGGCGGCGGCGUGGGGCGUGAGCCGCGUGCAGGACGGCCUCAACCUGACGGACGUGGUGCCCGCCGAUACGCCCGAGUACGCCUUCUUCGCGGCGCAGCAGCGCUACUUCGGCUUCUACAACAUGUUCGCCGUGACGCAGGGCAACGUGGAGUACCCGUCCAAGCAGCGGCUGAUGCACGACUACUACGAGGCCUUCACGCGCGUCGAGCACAUCAUCAAGAACGACGACGGCGGCCUGCCGGAGUACUGGCUCUCGCUCUUCAGGGACUGGCUCAUCGGUCUCCAGGCGGCGUUCGACAGGGAUUGGAGGGACGGGUGCAUCACUCAGGAGACGUGGCAUAAGAACGCUUCAGACGACGGGGUGUUGGCCUACAAGCUUCUCGUGCAGACUGGACAUGUCGAUAACCCAAUUGAUACGUCCUUGGUCACGCAGAUCCGUCUCGUGGACUCUGAGGGCAUCAUCAACCCCAAGGCCUUCUACAACUACCUAACGGCCUGGGUCAACACGGACGCCCUCGCCUACACGUCCUCUCAGGCUGACCUUCGCCCGGAGCCCCGCCACUGGUCACACGACAGACACGACUAUGAGCUGAAGAUUCCCAAGAGCUCUCCGCUGGUGUACACGCAGCUUCCGUUCUACCUCCACCGCCUCAGCGACACGGAGUCCAUCACCGCCAUGAUUCAAGAAGUGAGAACCAUCUGUCGGAGGUUCGAGGAGAAGGGUCUGCCGAACUUCCCAACCGGCGUCCCCUUCACCUUCUGGGAGCAGUACAUCAAGCUCAGAUUCUACCUGGUGCUGGCGCUGCUGGCGGUGUUGACAGCCGUGUUCCUCGUCCUGGCUGUCGUGCUCAUGAACCUGUGGGCGGCGGCGCUGGUGGUCCUCCUCCUCGCCGCCCUUGUCCUGCAGCUGUUCGGGUUGCUGGGCGUGAUGGGCGUGAAGCUGUCCGCCGUCCCCGCUGUCCUCCUCAUCGUUAGCGUGGGCGUGGGCGUGGAGUUCUGCGUUCACGUGACGGUCGGGUUCCUGACGGCGGUGGGCGGGCGGGAUAGGCGUGUGAUAUUGGCCCUGCAGCAUAUGUCGGCGCCGGUGCUACAUGGGGCGGCCUCCACCAUGCUGGCGUCCCUUAUGUUGCUUUUCUCCGAGUUUGACUUCAUUAGGAGGUACUUCUUCUGCGUCCUUCUGGGCCUGACGAUGCUCGGGGUGGUGGACGGGCUAGUCUUCCUCCCCGUCCUCCUGUCCCUCGUCGGCCCCCCAGCAGAGGUCGUCCCAAGAAACCACCCGGACAGACUACCCACGCCCUCGCCGCCACCCUCACCUCAGCCCUCACACGCCCAUGGUCACAGUUCUUCAUCUAGGCGGAGUGGAGGGCGUGGGUCUAGUGGGCGUGGGUCAAGGCGGUCCGUGGGUGGUAUGAGUGGGUCAGGGUCGUUAUACCCACGACUCCAUGGGUCAAAUCUAUCGCUAACGACCAUUACGGAGGAGCCAUCGUCGUCUACCAGGUCGUCCCAGUCGCUAAGGUCGUCCCAUGAGAUUGUCGUUGAGCCCCAGGUGGUGGUUGAGACGACGACCACUCCAACCACGACGAGUCUUGGUGGAGAGGGCCAUCACCACCACCACCACCACGACCCUCAUCACCACCUUCACCACCUCCACCACCACGUCACCACCACCACCAAAGUCACCGCCACUGCCAAGGUCAAAGUGGAGCUGCACACGCCGCUGCCGGGUGCCGUGGAGCCAACCUUCCGGAGUACCAGCAGCAGCAGUAGCGGCAGCAGGCGGAGUAGCAGUCACCGUAGUAGCAGUAGCAGUGGAGGAGGUGGAAGUGGAGGUGGAGGUGGAAGAAGUCGUCAUAGUGGCGGUAGUGGUGGUGGCGGUGGUGUAGGUGUGGUUUCGUCCCCCCUCCAUGCCACCACCUCCUGCUCCACCUCCUCCUCUUCUUCCACCUCCUCUUCCUCCUCCUCCUCCAAACCCUCGUCGGAUGUGGAGGAAGAGCUGUCCUGUCAAUGAGGUGUGCCGCGCGUCGCCUCGCAGCUGCCGGGGCCCAGCGGAAGCCCGUGGCACACAAAGUCAACGCCUCGGCUCCCUGCGCCCCUACGUCAGCCGGCGGCGCCACCUUCAGGGACAUGACGCCUAUUCCUGAGGCUCCUGCAGGAUACAUCACGCCCUCCUGAACGCCACGCCCCUCCCCAGCCUCCCUCGUCCUCCUAAUUCCCCCGAAAAGAGACAAUGGUGACAGCUCUCCGGCCCAAGAACCAUGUAGCUGACCUUCACAUUUCGGCGGGGCAGCGAGGAGAGCUCCACAGACCUUCAACUCACAUGGAGGAGGAAGACGAAAGGAGGGAGAGGAGGCGACGAAGAGGAAGCCGAAGAGGAGGCAGCGUCGAUGGUAGUACACGUCGUAACAGUAUUAGCAGCGACCAUUCUCAGUGCAGCUGGUGUCGCCUGGCUGGCUGGUGUCUGACGCGGACGGAGCGCACCACCAACCACCACUGUCAGCGCACGUACCUCACUUUUUUUUUAUAUUAUGACUCUGUGUUGGCACCUCACCUCAGUACCGCCGCGACACAUACUCCUCGAAGGCUAACUAUCUCAAAAGGCAGGAGUUGUCGGGGUUCCCAUGGGUGGUUUCCUGAGCCUGGCGGUAGUUUUCCAAGGCUUCCGCGCUGUGAAUGGGACAAACACUCAUGACAACCCGAUGUAACUCCUCCCUGGCCUUGAAAAACGUUCGUAACAGGAGCCACAAACGUUUGAUAAUGAGUGUGAGUGAGACAGAACUCGUAACGAAGCAGCAUUGCGCGCGUUGGGUUUAACUUUCGUUCAGAUGGUCAGUAUUGGCGAAGGUGUUCAAAGACGUACCUGUGAAGUGAAAGGAAGCAAAAUACUCGAAAGUCCCGGCCCAUAGACAGCCCGAAAAGUAAGUCCCCCAAGUCCACAAGUAAGGCUGAGGGCCGGACUUUGCUGGACCGUGGCGUGUGUGCCGUGACUCGUAAAUAAGGGAAAAAAAGGAAGACAUGGAAAGUGACGGUGAAUAAAGGAAGAAGAAGAAACUAGUAAAAGUGAAGAUGGAAAAAGUACCUCAAGUGUUCCCUCGCCUCACGAACUGUUGAUAAGGGUACGGGAAGAGGGUUGGAUCCCCCUAUCACGUGACUAUAGAGGUUUCGAUUCCUUGUUGUGCCCUUGUGAGGAGUGAAGGAAAUCAAACACACACACACACACACACACACACACACACACACACACACACACACACACACACACACACGUACACACUAUCAUGUCUCAGAUGUUUUCAUACCUUAUAUUUUUGUAUGUGGUCGAAUAUGGUCUGUAACUUAUUUAGGAUCCACGACUCUUCUCUCAGGUCUCCUUUUAUUAUUAUUAUUAUUAUUAUUAUUAUUAUUAUUAUUAUUAUUAUUAUUAUCAUUAUUUUUUUGGAGUUAGUCUGUAAACUCCCUCCCCCCCUCCCUCCCCCUUCCUCCCUACUCCCCAUAUAUACUGCCGUCAACGUACACACACACACACACACACACACACACACACACACACACACACACACACACACACACACGAGAACAGAUAUACCAAAAUCACACACAGUUUCCCACAUGAGACAGACAGACCGAUAGACAGACACAUAGACAGACAGACAGAGACAGACAGAGAUAGACAGACAGACAGACAGACAGACAGUAACAGCCCCCUGAUAUAUAUGCCCACCCCCCCCUUCCCUUACCAAUAGUUAGCAGUCUAUUGGUAAAGCCCCCUUGAACCCCCCCCCCUCCCCCGCCCCCGCCCCCACCCCGUGUACAGUGUAUAGAAUAACCUGUAUUUUAUUGUAGAAAACCUCCUUUUUUUAGCAUAAAUGAAUGUAAAGAAAACUAAAAUAAAAGUGA